GGAAGAGGAAGACCAAGAUACGCCGCACAUUAAAGAGGAAGAGGAGGACCAAGAUACGCCGCACAUUAAAGAGGAAGAGGAGGACCAAGAGCCGCCGCACAUUAAAGAGGAAGAGGAGGACCAAGAUACGCCGCAGAUUAAAGAGGAAGAGGAGGAAGAGGGCAUCAGUCAGCCUAAAUGGUUGGAGGAGUUCCCAGUGACUGGUGUCCCUGUGAAGAGUGAAGAUGAUGAGGUGAAAGGUGAAAGUGAGGAGAGGGGAGGGGGGGAGCCUCCAAGCAGCAGCUCAACACAACACAUGACAACAGAAGCUGAUGGAGACCACUGUGGAGGAUCACAAGCAGACAAGCUCUUAGCUCCACUAUCAGAUAGUGAGGACACAACGUCACACUCUCCUGACACUGAUGAUGAAGACUCUAAAGAUGAUAAGACAUGUCACACUGACAACACUCACUUCACAUCUUCUCACUCUCACAAAACUUUUAAAUACCAUAGUCAUCUGAAAUUACACAUGAGAACACACACUGGAGAAAAACCUUUUUCUUGUUCACUCUGUAGUAAAGGUUUUGCACAAAGUAUCCAUUUGAAAAGACACAUGAGAACACACACUGGGGAAAAACCUUUUUCCUGUUCAAUCUGCGGGAAAGGUUUUAGAGAAAGUCAACAUUUGAAAAGACACAAGAAAACACACACUGGUGAAAACCCUUUUUCCCGUUCAACAUGUGGUAAAAGUUUUACACGAAGUCAGAGUUUUAAAGAACACAUGAGAACACACACUGGUGAAAAAACUUUUUCCUGUUCAACCUGCGGUAAAGGUUUUACACAAAGUCAGAGUUUGAAAGUACACAUGAGAGCACACACUGGUGAAAAACCUUUUUCCUGUUCAACCUGUGGUAAAGGUUUUACAAAAAGUCAGAGUUUGAAAAGACACAUGAAAAUACACACUGGUGAAAAACCUUUUUCCUGUUCAACCUGUGGUAAAGGUUUUACAAAAAGUCAGAGUUUGAAAAGACACAUGAAAAUACACACUGGUGAAAAACCUUUUUCCUGUUCAACAUGUGGUAAAAGUUUUACACGAAGUCAGAGUUUUAAAGAACACAUGAGAACACACACUGGUGAAAAAACUUUUCCCUGUUCAAUCUGUGGUAAAGGUUUUACAAGAAGUCAACAUUUGAAAGUACACAUGAGAACACACACUGGUGAAAAAGCUUUUUCUUGUUCAACCUGUGGUAAAAGUUUUACACAAAGUCAACAUUUGAAACUACACAUGAGAACACACACUGGUGAAAAAGCUUUUUCCUGUUCAACCUGUGGUAAAGGUUUUACACAAAGUCAAAAUAUGAAAGUACACAUGAGAACACACACUGGUGAAAAAUCACAUUCCUGUUCAAUCUGCAACAGAAGCUUUGGUGAACGAUCAACCCUUGUAAGACACAUGAGAACACACACUGGUGAAAAAACUUUUCCCUGUUCAAUCUGUGGUAAAGGUUUUGCAAGAAGUCAACAUUUGAAAAGACACAUGAGAACACACACUGGUGAAAAAGCUUUUUCUUGUUCAACCUGUGGUAAAGGUUUUACACAAAGUCAACAUUUGAAAGUACACAUGAGAACACACACUGGCGAAAAAGCUUUUUCUUGUUCAACCUGUGGUAAAGGUUUUACACAAAGUCAACAUUUGAAAGUACACAUGAGAACACACACUGGUGAAAAACCUUUUUCCUGUUCAAUCUGCAACAGAAGCUUUUGUGACCGAUCAACCCUUGUAAGACACAUGAGAAGACACUCUGGAGAAAAAGUGUUGAGUUGUGGUGUGUGUGGUGAAAGAUUGUCUUCUAAGUACCAGUGUAAGAAACACAAGUGUGCUGGUGAGAACAGCAGCAGCAAAUGAAACUGCAGGAUUUGAAAUAAACUGUCCAGACUUUCAUUUUGACUUUCUAACAACAUCAGCACAUAUAACAUGUGUGACAUUGUUGUUUGUCUAACAAUCUGUUUAAUAUGAUCUUUACAUUUAUAGAUUAGAUAGUUGGAAAUAUAAAAGUAUUACUUAUUUGUAUUUGUAAUUGUUAAUAAUCCCAUAGAUUAUCACCUUUAUAUGAUAUACAUAUGUACUGGUUCACAUCUGAAACAUCUUCUGGACCACUUCAGGAAGCAUAUUAUUAUUUACUUUAUACAUCAUUUAAACAGUUGUCUUUUAUACAAUUUUAAAAUGUGUGACUUUAUGAAUCAUUUGUUGGGUCUCUAUAAUCCAUUUUAUUAUUCAUCUUUACUACUCUCUUUUGUAAUAUGAUGAUUGUGUUGUGAUUUUUUUAUACUUUAACUUAAUAUGUAUGUACUUGUACGUUUAUGCAAUAAAAAGUGAGAGAAAAUGG